AUUUAUUACGUUUGGGGACAAACCGAGAAAGUCGUGACGCUUUCGAGCCGUCGGAUCUAUAAUCUCUGGUACUCCCUAUUUGUUAGAACUAAGAAGAACGAACUAAGAAAAAGUGAGAAACUGGUUUGCUAAGUUGGAGAGAACUUAGAAGCAAAAACAUCAAACUAAAAAUGUCAAGAGCUAUUGGGAUCUUACUUUUUCUGGUGCUGUUUUCAUUUGCUUAUGCAAAGAAGUCUGAUGAUGUGAAAGAAUUACAGAUCGGUGUCAAGUAUAAGCCAUCAUCUUGUGAAAUCAAGGCUCACAAAGGUGAUAAAAUCAAGGUUCACUAUCGGGGACAACUCACAGAUGGGACUGUUUUUGAUUCCAGUUUCGAAAGGGGUGAUCCCAUUGAAUUUGAACUUGGUAGUGGCCAUGUGAUUAAAGGGUGGGACCAAGGACUGCUGGGGAUGUGUGUUGGCGAGAAGAGAAAAUUGAAAAUACCCGCAAAACUUGGUUAUGGAGAGAGUGGAUCUCCGCCAACAAUUCCAGGAGGAGCAACCCUUAUCUUCGAUACCGAGCUCAUUUCUGUGAACGGCAAACCAUCCAACGGAGCAGAAGAUGUUGAUGAAGACAUUGAAGAAGGCGAUGAUGAUGAACUGUAGACCGGAAAAUUAGCUUAAGAUUUUUAUCCAAAGUAGAACAGAUGAUGCUAUUUUUUCUUCUUUAGAUUUUGAUGUGAGCUUUUUAGACUUUUGAGUAGCUAAUACACUGGCUAAAUUUUCUGUUUCUUCCUUUUUUUUGUUAUGACAUAUACACUGUUUUACUUCAGAAGUUAGAGCCAAAGCUGAUUUAAUU